AUGAGGAAGGCAGAAAUGAAGGUUGUUACUGACUGUAAGAGCAUUCCAGGCGAAGCAACAGUAACCCAGCACCGAAUCCUAGUCAUGGCCUUGAGGAUUAGAAACUUGUGGAAGAACAAGCGGGAGGCAAAGAACAGAAAAAGACAAACUGCCAUUUUACAAAAGAAGGCAUUCAAGGAAAUGAAUAAUAACCAUAGUGAAGAGAUAAAGGGAAGAUACCGAGUGGCAAAGAGGUUAGCUAAAAGAGAAGUCGCCAAAGCAAAGAAGGAAGCAUAUAAAGACUGGUAUGAUCAGUUGAAAACUAAAGAAGGUGAUAAGACAAUAUACAGAAUAGCAAAGGCUAGAAGCAACGACAGAAGAGAUGCGGGAACCACAGUUCUCAUCAAAGAUAAAAAUAGAAAUAUUUUAAUGAAAGAUGAAGAGAUAAAGCAGAGAUGGAAAGAUUAUUUCACUGAUUUGUUAAAUAACGAAAACCAAUACCAAAGACUAGAGGAAGUAGAACCAGUGGAAGGACCAAUACCAAACAUAGAGAUGGCCGAAGUGAAGGCAGCUAUCAAGGGGAGUAAAAGUAACAAAGCAGGUGGAAGAUUAGAAUGCGUUGAAAUGAUGAAAACACUGGGUGAUUUUGGUAUUGGGUGGACGUUUAAACUGCUAGAAAGUAUAUGGAAAACAGAAGAAAUGCCACAGGAUUGGAAGAUUAGUGAAAUUGUUACUAUUUAUAAAAGAAAGGGAGAUAAUUCAGGAUGUAACAGUCAUAGAGGUAUAAAGUUAUUAGAAUAUAUGUUAAAAGUAAUAGAGUAA